CUGGAGAGUCGCUUAUAAGCCAAAGAAGAUCUGCACAACGAAAGGAUCAGAUGUGUACAUUAGGUGUUUAUACGACCAUCCAGAAGAUGUCACUAUUCAAAAAGAAAUGUGGUUUUAUAGUCCUAAUGAAAAAAAGAAGACACGUGAUGAAAGAGAAACCACCGUGUAUCAUACAAAUGAGGAGAAAGUGUCUGUCAGUCACAAAGGCCGAGUUCAGUUUGGAAACAAAAUCAAGAUUUUCUCCGUGGAGAUCAGAAAUGUAAGAAAAGAGGACAGCGGCUUCUACAGGUUUAGAGCUGAGGGAUCUGGUGGACAACAUCAGACGACUGGAGUGCCAGGAGUGAACGUGACAAUCACAGAUGUCAGUGAAUGGGGAGUCACUUAUGAGACGAUGAGGAUCUGCGCAAUCGAAGGAUCAACUGUGACGAUUAACUGCACAUACAAAUAUCCAGAAUGUAUGACUGUGGAAAGAGAAAUGUGGUCAUAUGGGCCUGACGAAUACAAGACAGGUCCUGACGGAGAAACCCUCGUGUAUCACACAAAUGAGACUAAAGUGUCCAACAAUCACACAAACCGAGUUCAGUUCUUAGGAGACAAAAAUAAGAAGACCUGCUCAGUGAAGAUAAGUGACGUGAGAAGAGAGGACAGCGGCUACUACAAGUUUAGGUUUGAGGGGACAAAUAACUGGGGACAAGUGCCAGGAGUCCACGUGACAAUCACAGGUCUAAAGGUUGAAGCAACACCAGAGAAGGUCAAAGAAAAUGAAACUGUGACCCUGAGGUGUGAAAUGAACUGCCGUCUCCUCAACGAGGUCUUCUCCUGGUACAGAAAUGGAGAAAAAUUAAAUGAAUCUUCAGAGAAGCUUGAAGUUCUGGGAGCCCCCAAUACCAGUUACUCCUGUUGGGUUGGACACUUCAGGUCCCCAGAAUUUCUACUGAAUGUGGAGUAUGCCCCCAAGAAUGCCAUCAUCACAGGACUUCCCACCACUGGUACAGAAGAAGGGAAAUCGGUGACUUUAAACUGCACCGCCUUGGCAAACCCGCCCAGCAACUUCACCUGGGUGAAGGAGAACAGAACCCAUGUAGGAUCAGGAGAACAUCUGCACAUCAGUGAGGUUAGCAGGAGUCACGCUGGCUCUUAUCACUGUGAAGCCUCAAACAUUUAUGGGACAAUAAAAUCUGCAACUGUGCACCUGACGGUAAAUGCAUUUGGAAUUUAA